CACGCUCUCCCAGCCCUCCCACCAAGCUUCCGCGCCUUUCCCUCACCGCGCCUUUCCCUCACCGUUGCCCCUGCGGAUCCUUGCCGGGAGCGAUCCUUGCCGGGAGCGAUCGGCAGCCAUGCAGCCCCGGGGCAGAGGCGGCCUCUUGGCGAAUACCACGUCUCCGCGAUCCGGGCAACGACGGUGCAUGGAGAACUUCCGUAAGGUGCGCUUGGAAGAGGCGCCGGGGACAGUCGGGACUGAGGGGGGCGGCCCAGGCUCUAGCCCCUUCGCCAAUUUGGCGCCGUGCGCUGUGUACAUGCGGGUCAAGGAGGGCAGUAAGAUCCGAAACCUGCUGGCCUUCGCCACUGCCAUCAUGGCUCAGCCAGCCACGCGUGCCAUCGUCUUCAGCGGCUGCGGUCGGGCCACCACCACGACCGUCCCGUGUGUGGAGAUCCUCAAGCGCCGCCUGGCUGGCCUACACCAGGAGCUGCACUACCGGAGCGUGUGCGAGGUUUGGCAGAGCCUCCCACUAGUGCCCACGCCCGGGCAGAAGUCUAGCGAGCGGGGCUCCAGUCUCGGUGUACUUAAGAACGUGUCCAGCCUCGCCAUCCUACUUUCCAAAGAUGCACUGAAUCCACGCCAACCCAGCUACCAGCCCCCGAGUCCCCAUUCUGGCUCCUUGUCCCAACCAACCGCGGUGAAGACCAAAAGGAGCCUCGUGGAACCCCUGGCUGGAGAAGGCCCAGAGAAGCGGUCACAACCUCAGCCAGGUGUUGCGGAAGAGGACCAGAUGGCCUGAGAACUCCAAACUCUGAGCCAACUAGACGGCCUGAAUUUUACACCCAGCUCCUCAGCCUUGAGAUACACCUCCAGCUGUUCACGCCUCCAUCUUCUGGGGCUCACAGCCUGGUUUCAGCUCCUCAGACUGCGAUCAUGAACCCCACUGCCACAAGAGAAGGACCCUAGGGAAGCUUUGUGGGGCAGUUGACCCUCCACUUGUGUUAACCCGAAGAUGCAGAAUUCCACCUUCAGCACUGCUGAGCCCUACUGGGACCUUCUUCAGGGAGGGAAUGGUGGGCAGUGGGACUCUUGAGCCUUGCCCAAGGACCCACAAGGUUAAGGCCACCUAGCAUUCAUGGAUGUGGAAGGUGAUGGAAGCUCUUGGAAUCAUCCUCAUCCAUUGGCAGCAGAGGGCAAGGAGUGAAAAAGACUGGGGGCCAGGGGAGCCCCAUUCUUCCCCUUACCCCCCAGGACAGUUUACCUUUCCUUCCCCUGUUGUAAAGGAGCAUUCUGAGAUCGUGGUGGCAGAGGCAAAGCUACAGGCUCUAGCUCUUUUAACAUCCCCUCUGCCCCAAGCUGGUCCAUAAGGAAGAGACCCAGGACAAAACUCUCUGCCUCCUCCCUUGAGCCCUGUAGCUGGAGUAAAACAAAUAAAAAUGCUCUG